AUGGAGAUGGAGCGCGAGAGGAGCAAGGGGGAGAGGCGCGAGGUGGAGCUCGCUCUCGCCGCGUCCGGCAUGGGCCGGNGUCUCCAGCAGCAACUGCGGCGCGCGCGUUCGAGAGAGGGCGCCGCGGAACGCCGCUCGGGCGGCGGAAGCCGCGGUGGCGGCGGUAGCCAGCGAGGGGGCAGACCGCCGCCGGGGCCAGGCCGCGGUGCGGACGGCGACGGGCGUGCCGAGAGAGAGCGGGCAGGGAGAGGCCCGGGGCACGCGCGUUCUGGCCACGGAAGAGAGCAGGCGUACGUUGUGUACUACGCCCACGAUGAUGGUGGCUACUAUGAAGACUACGGCGACUACGACGACGGCUACUACUACGAAGACGGCUACCACGACGCCGGGUACGCCCACUACGCCGGCGGUGGGGACAGCUACAGCUACCCCUCAGGGUACGAAGACAGACGUUCAUCGGACGGCGGCAUCCACUACGUGUACUACCCUCCUGCUGACGAAGAUUCGUCAUCCGAGCAGCAACGUCAGCCCCCCCCCCGCUAGCACCACCGCUUCCUCCUCGUCCUCUACUCCUUCUCCUGGCGCGCCUCCAUCUUCGGGCUACCUCCACCUCUGCACGGCACAAUCGGUGCCCCUAGGCAAGUCUCACCCUGACGAUUUUUUCAGUAGGAUAGGAGUGACGAUAGGAGUAGAGUCUGCUUCUAGUGCUUCGUCUUUGCUGAGUGUGAAAUCUAGUGAGGGGCCGCCUGGUAGCGAGAGAUGGGUAGCUGACUCAGGAGCCAGCAACAGUUUCACCAACNCAACAGUCUCACCAACAGCAGCCUACAUAUGUAUGACCUGCAAGAGAUCCCUGCCAGUAGGAAGUAUGUCAUUGUAGGUGAUGGUCGACUGCUAGAAGUGCAAGUCAUCGGUAGUAUUAAUCUUAGUUUCUUUCAGGAGGAUGAGAAUGGUGAAGAAACGACGAUGUGUGUGAAGCUCACUGACGUGUCUGUUGUAAAGAGCCUGAGUUUCAACUUGUUCUCAACGCAUGCUGUUUCUCUGAAGCAACCAAUCCUCUACGACGAACGUGGUGCAACCCUACAAAAUGGACUGCUCUUUGCUAGAGAAGAAUAAGCGUCUGCAGCGUAUGCCAUGCGGUUGCCGUAGGACCCACUUGCGAUUAUUGUAGACCCUGCUGCUUUGCCCGCAUUCGUGACUGCCCCCGAUUCC